CUAAAGCAAUUGCAGCUUAUAAAACUGCAAAACCAAACUUGCAAACAACUCGGUCUUGUCUCUUUCUGGUGAUUUCAAUCUUCAUCCGAUCAAACAUGCCUAUCGGAACGCUUGAAGUUCUUCUUGUCGAAGCCAAGGGUCUCGACAACAAUGAUUUUAUGGCUGACAUGGAUCCUUAUGUCAUCUUAACUGUAAAAACCCAAGAGAAGAAUAGCAAUGUGGUCUCAGGGCAAGGAUCUACACCAGAAUGGAAUGAAACCUUUCUAUUCACCGUCUCAGAUGAUGUUUCCGAACUUUAUUUGAAAAUCAUGGAGAAAGAUAACUUCAGUGCGGAUGAUUUUGUCGGAGAAGCAACCAUUUGUUUAGAGCCAGUGUUCACUGAAGGAAGCCUUCCUCCGGCUCCAUACAAUGUUGUCAACAAGGACAAAGAAUUUUGCGGAGAGAUCAAAAUCGGACUCACAUUCACUCCCGAGCCUGAGAGAAGCGACAACAUUCCUUCUGGAGGAUACGGUGAGUCCGAGGAGAGCUAUGGCGGAUGGACACAAUCGUCUUACGGGGAGGAGUAGAGGAUGGAGGAGCUUCAGUCAUGUUGGAGGUUUCUAAUUUGGUGUGUUUCAGUGUGUAAACCUACAUAUUUAUAUGCGCCUCAACUUGUUUGAUGGACCGAAAUAAUCAGUCAAGUUUAUGUAGUUUGAUUUCGAUUGUUUUUAUA